UCCAUCGUUUAAAAGGUUAAAUAAUGGAUCUGUUUUUAUUGUAAUAACACAUUUAAUGCUUACUUCUAUCACUGAACAAUGCCUUCGUGAUUUUUAUUUACCGAGAAGAAGACAUCCAGGAAACACGUGCACAGAUUUUUGUAGCAGUGUAAAGAUAGCUGUUUUGUAAAGAAAAUGGAUCAAUUAUUCUUUUUGCUUAUUGUCACGAGUAUAGCAGUUUUUGUCAAAGCCAGUUUAGAAACAAAUAUGAACAUAACAUAUGUUUUCCCUGAUAACACGUGUUAUUUGUCAUCGAAACCAAGACAUAUCAACACUUCUCUAUUAUUCAUUUUCGAGUACGAAGGGAAGCAAAUCCCUAAUGAUUGCCGAGAGGUGGCGCUUCACAAUGCAGACGAAACUUUGGAUAUGUUUAAGUUUUGCAUUACUCCUGUUUCUUUCAUCGACCCAAACUGCAGCAUUACUGUUGAAUUUAAAUACAAUGAACGGGGCAUCGAAAAUAUCAUAAUCUUCAACUGCAAUACAACAGCAAAUGAUACGUUUUGUACAAGUGAAGAAACGGAACUUGGCAUCAAUAUAAAACCAGUAACUGGGUUUAAAAAUGCCAAUUUCACAUUCAUUAUUCAAAAUAUAGCAUCUACAAAAUUUUCAUAUCAAGCUGUUACAGACGUUGGAAUGUUUGCUGGGAUCGUUGUCGGUUGUAUCAUUGCUUUUCUUAUCGUUGUCGUUGCAUGCUAUGUUUAUAUUAGAGGAAGAAAUUCAAAUGGUCCUUAUCACCAAGCCAAAUCAUAGACAUUACUAUACAUCGAAUAAUACGUGUAUACAUAAAAGACUCACCAGUAGCAAUUGCUGUUCUGUGGCGGUGUCACGUUCCCUGAAUGAACAACCAUCGAAGAUACUCGCUUCAAAAAUGUACACCUUUUUAUUAUAUUUUUUUCAAAUUUGUAGAAUUGUUUACAUUUGUGAAAUAGUAGCGUAUGUUAUUGCGGAGCAAUUUGUUUUGUCAGAUGACAUUUAUUUU